AUGAGAAAGCAAGUCACUUUGGAUAAGGAGUAUUGCAAUAUGGAGAAAAUCGCUAAUAAGGUUCGUUCAGUUUCCUGUCUCUGAAUAUCAUAGAUCUGAAAACUAAGUCUGAAAAUGAAAAGAAAGAGGGCGUUGGAUUCUGGUCAUGUCGCAGGUGCAAAUGUAAAUUAAAACAUUUAUAAGAUAAAUAAUCAAAUUCAAAUGAUUAUCCUCUUUCCUUCCACAAUCUCACACAUUUCCGGAAAUCCAGGAAAAAUUUCCAUAACAAGCAGUUUAUAAAUAACUUUCGUAUCCUCCUCAUUUCUUCAUCCGUCAUCCGAAAGAGAAGAUUAGACGACGGUUCAGAAUAGCUCUUUCUUUUUCCAUUUUUAUCUCAGAGAUUCCAUUUAUAGUGAGUAAGUACGCCAUGAGACUACGUCAUCGAAAUCCUUUUCGAAGUAUCUUGCAGACGUGUUCCUCUGAACCCGUCGCGCCUCAACACAUUUUUUACGACAUUGUUGUUCUGGGCCUCCUGAAAAUGACAAGUUUUCGUGUGAUGAAAUGAACUAACGCAACAUUCUCUUGGCUCAAGUUUCAUUUUCAUUUUUCUGGAAGUCUUUCUCCUACCCCACACAAUUCAAUUAUUCUUUUUGCCCCUAGUGCAUCUCGCUCAUUUGGUAUGAUAAUGACUUCCUUUCACGAAAAAGGUAAACUAUCUUCUUCUUUUUUCGCCCCCUUCCUCUUUUUCUUCCUUUCCUGAGAGCAGCAACUCUGAGAGAGUGAAAGAAGAAAUCGCGUGAAAAUUUCAUGUGGCUUCAGCUUGUCUGUUUUGAGCGAAUCGUCUUCUCAGUGCCGGCUCUUAAUGGGCGGGGAGGGGCACAAUUGUCAAGUUGUCGUGUCCGUCCUAUUAGCGGCGAAUGUCGGACCCGACCUCGUUCCUCCCUGAAACAUUCCAAAAAUUAGUUCGUUUCAAUGGCAUUCCAUCCGUUACACUUUUUGUCGACCAAUGUGCAUGUACAUUAGUAAAUUACAAUGUGUCUCAUUUCCAAACUACACUUCAGAAAUUCACACCUCUAGUCCGUAGUCUAUCAACUUUUUUUCCAUUUAGAAUUCCCAUUCGCUUAUAAAUUCGUUUCAAGACACACUGAUAACGGCUCGCUUUUAUAGACUUCCGUUUCACUCCCACUUGUGCUCGUUUUCCAACCCUUUUUCUGUUCCUUUUGCCAGGGAAAGGCUUUCAUUUUCUUUUCAAGUCAUUUUACGAGCACCCAUUUGUUCUCCGUUCGCCCUUUGUGUCCGAUAGGGUCAGAAUCAGACACGCGUGCUUUACGAUUGGCUUCUCCUGCUCCGAAUGACAUAUGGAUCGCAUGUAUAUUCACGUAAAGGGACCACUUAGCCGACUUUUCCUUUUCCAAUAGCUUCAUCCUCCAAAAAUGUCAUUACAGACGGCAUGCAAAUCGAGUAGUGUUCCGACAGUAGCUGCUGCGACUGCAAAAGAUACAAAGAACAAAAUGGAGGUGAGGGAAAACUAAUUAAAAAUAUCUUCUUUCUAUGUCUUCUUUUCAGGCUGCUGAUAGGAAAGUCUCUACUGGAACUCUCAAUCGACUCAUUUUGGUAGCGCAAGCACUGGAAUCGGAAGUGGAAACCCGAAGGAACGAUGAUAUUAGUGCAAUCAAAAUCACUUUUUCAAUUCGGGUGGCAAACACUGUAAGUUUCAAAUGAUAUCACGCCAAGUCAUGAUUAGUCAUCGGCAAUGAGAUUUAAUAAGACUAAUCUGAUGCAAUGAACAUAUUCGAGAUUCGCUGGAAAGAAGAAAACAACAUCAUAUAAAAAAUAAGGGAUCAGAUUGAUUUCAGAUUCUUCUACUCCUCAUCAACAUACUCAUUUUCUCGGGAUUCGGUAAAUAUCAAGUGCAAAAAGAUGGACGUUAUCAGGUAUUAUCGCUUUCCGCAUUUGGUAUUUCUACACAAAAACAGGGCGUUUCACAGGAUUUGAUGCUGACCGCCGACAAAUGGACCUACGAUUCCUCGAAUGACGAACUGCCGGAGACGUUCGUUUACCUGCGCCUCAGUGGACAGUAUCUCUCCGCUUGCAUCACAGUUUUCCUCCUCUUCUCCACAAUAUUCCUACAACUUUUGCAUCUCUGCGGAAUUUCCAUAUCCAGAAUCACGGUGAGAUAUUGCCGGGCCCGCUAAUUUGCUUGUCUCGUCGAGGGGGUUGCUUUGUAUACAUAUGCUAAGCCGAGUGAGUCCCUUUCCCUUUCCCAGCCAGCUGUAAUUAAAGCAUUGAUUGGCUUUGUUUGACACACGACUAGGGGUAAAUACUUAGGUGAAAAUGGAACUCUUUCCAGAACAUGUGCUAUUCAUUUGGAGCCGUCCCUUUCACGUUAUUCGUCUUCGGACUGGAAAUGCACUAUUCAACAUGCCCGUGGCUCGACGAGUAUUUCAUCUCCUACAGCAUGUCGGACAUGAGUUCGCAGUGCGCCAUAAACGGAUGGGCUUUGGCAGGAGUCAGUAUUAAUUCGCGCACGUUCUCGGAAAAGAAACAUCAUUUUGUUACAGAUUUUCUCGCUCCUCUCGUGCGGAUUGUUUGUCUCCGAAGGCAUCAUCACUGCUUUUUUUGGAAGCUCUCACGCCACGGAGAACAAGGAGACCAUAGUCUGA